UAAAAAUGGCUUAAAAAAAAAAAAAGGUUGAAAAAAAUCUACGCCCCGCCCACUUUGACGUCAUCGUCGGCGGAGAUUGGGAAUAUUGGGAGAGCCGGAAGAAGACUGCGGAAAGAGGCGAGCUGCAGAUCCCAGGGAAGGCUCUCCAUCAAACGGGCUGCUCGAACCGCAUCGCGUCCCCCCCUCCUCCCCCCCCCGGGCAGCUUUUCGGUCGGUCGACGGUACCGCGGUGACAGUCGGACAGAACGUGAAGGUGGAUGUAGAUGCUGGAGGAGACGACUGGGAGACUGACCCAGACUUUGAGAAUGACGUGUCGGAGAAAGAGCAGCGCUGGGGCGCCAAGACGGUGGCCGGCUCAGGACAUCAGGAGCACAUCGACAUCCACCAGCUGCGUGAGACGGUGUCCACAGAGCACACCAGCCUGAAGCAGAAGGAGCUGGACAACAUGCCCAAGGCCUCGCAUGGAUACGGAGGAAAGUUUGGGCUGCAGCAGGAUCGCAUGGACAAGUCUGCGGUGGGCCACGACUACCAGAGCAAGCUGUCCAAGCACUGCUCCCAGACGGACACGUCCAAAGGCUUCGGAGGGAAGUUUGGAGUUCAGGCGGACCGCGUGGACCAGUCCGCCGUUGGGUUCGAGUAUGCUGGGAAGACAGAGAAGCAUGCCUCUCAGAAAGAUUACACCACUGGCUUUGGGGGGCGAUACGGCGUGCAGGCCGACCGCGUGGACAAGAGUGCUCUGGGCUUCGACUACCAGGGCAAAACGGAGAAGCACGAGUCCCAGAAAGAUUACGCCAAAGGCUUUGGAGGCAAGUUUGGCGUGGAGACCGACAAGGUGGACAAGAGCGCUGUGGGCUUCGAGUAUCAGGGCAAAACCGAGAGGCACGAGUCCCAGAAAGACUACGUGAAAGGCUUCGGGGGGAAGUUUGGCGUGCAGACGGACCGGCAGGACAAGUCGGCCCUGGGAUGGGACCACCAGGAGAAGCUGCAGCUGCACGAGUCCCAGAAAGAUUAUUCUAAAGGUUUUGGAGGGAAAUUUGGGGUUCAGAACGACCGGAUGGACAAGAGUGCUGGGACCUUUGAGGACGUGGAGAAACCGGCUCCUUCCUACCAGAGAACCAAACCUGUGGAGGCUGCUGGCAGCGGCACAGGCAGCAUCAAAGCCCGCUUUGAGAACAUGGCCCGUCAGACGGAGGAGGAGGACCGGAAGCGGGCCGAGGAGGAGCGGGCGCGUCGGCAGGCCAAAGAGAAGCAGGAGCAGGAGGAGGCGCGCCGCAAGAUGGCCGCCGCCACGCCGCCCUCACCCACCCCUGCGGCUCCCCCCGCCCAGCCCACCUACCAGGUCACGGAGGAGGCGUCCAGCGCCGAGAACGGCGAGCCGGUGUAUGAGCUGGAGCCCCGGGACGAGCCGGUGUACGAGCUGGAGCCCCGGGACCAGCCGGAGGAGCAGCAGGAGGACCUGUACCAGGAGCCGGAGGAGCAGGAGCAGCCGGAGGAGCCGGCGGCAACAGACCAGCAGCAGUACGACUACGGCGAGGACCUGGGGGUGACGGCCGUGGCGCUCUACGACUACCAAGCAGCCGGUGAUGACGAGAUUUCCUUCGACCCCGACGACAUCAUCACCAACAUCGAGAUGAUCGACGAGGGCUGGUGGCGUGGCGUGUGCCGCGGCGCCUACGGGCUCUUCCCCGCCAACUACGUGGAGGUCCGGCAGUGAGGGCUGCCCCAAAGCAAGAUGGCCGCCGCCCCUCUCCCCACUUUGGUUUUCCCUCUUUCACCUCAUCUUAGCGCCCCGACACUGUGAGACGUCCUCAGGUCUCCUGAUUGUCUUUGCCCCCCCCUCCAAAAACUCUCCAGGAGGACCAGACAGAGCUGCUCUUAGCUCAGCUGUGUAGGUUUGACCCGGUUAGCCUCACAGGGUGAUGGUCAGAUUUAGGUUUUUUACACAUUCUGAGAAGUAUUUAAGCGUCUCCAAAGAGCAGAGAAAUUAUGGAGAACUGGAGCUCAGCCAGAGAAACGCGCACACUGGCUCCGAGUUAUCAUGACGGCCAAAAAACCAUUAUCGAUGUUCCCUUUUUUUCCCCCCCUUUUGCUCAAAUCCUGUUCAGAAUCAUGGGGGCUUUUAAGGCUCUGCGCCUCUGCAUUGUGCACAGAAGCCACACUCGGAGUCCUGUACAGAGAUCAUCUACGAGGGGAAAAUUGCUUUGUCCUGUCUGUCUUUUUCUGGGUGUUUCUGUCCGUGUGGGGGAGCUGGCUGUGCAGCGCUUUGUGGAAACCUGUGGGCUGUGUCCAGGGGCUGAGCCCCCGGCCAGCUCCCAUUUAUCCCAACACAAGCCGCUCCUGAGCAGCGCAGCCCAAAGUGUGUGUGUGAGAGUGUGUGUGUGAGUGAGUGUGCGAGGGCUCUCAUUUACUCAUCUCUGGGGUUUUAUAAUAAAAAGUGACCUUUUCAAAUGUAUUAUUUUUAAAUGUUCCGCUGUUUGCUUGAGUCACAUCAUUACCUGCUUUUUAUUUUUAGAUCAAUAAAGUAUGAAUAAUAAACCUGUGUGGGAACAUUAUUUAACCACAGCAACUUUAUACACUGUUUUUAAAUUGAGAUGUUAAGAUUGGCUUCUAUUUACUAACUUUAGUUCUACUUUAUUACUGGGUUUCAUGUAAUUUACUAACAGUUUUGUCCAUUUUAGGAAUUUU